AUGUGUCGAGGGAGGGCGCCAAUCCGCCCGAGCCUUGCACCCCCGACCCACACGCUACGCAGCCCCGGUCCAACGCUCCUGCGACGUCGGUCCCCCUUCGCGACACCACCACCACGCACUCCGUUUCCUACCAUAGACUUCCCCAUCCCCUUCUACUUCACACACCCAAUUCCCCGCAGUCCCCCCACCCCCCGUUGCACCUUCCAUUCCCCCCCCCCUCUCUCGCAGCCUCAUUGCACACGCCACCGCCUGUUAUUCCUCUAUCACAUUAUACGUGCCCCCCUGCGCUCCUGUUCAGUUUCACUGCGCCGCACUCCACUAUCUUCAAUCAUCCUUCCAACUACCUGCUGCCGCCGCCGUCUUUCCGACACGUCCACCGCCGCUCUCUCUGCAUUCUCUCAUUCACCGUGUUCCUCCGCGAACGCACGCACAGACACACACACCCACACCCACCUGCUGAUUCCCGUUGCGUGUGGAUUGCGCUGUCUAUUUUUCGUUUCGGAGCCCGUCCUGUUUUUUUUUUAUAUCUUUGCCUCCACCCUUCUUUUCCCUUUCUUUCUCUCUUUUCAUUCGUCCUCGUCGCCUCACCUCAUCCGGUUUUCAGGUCAACGGCGCAAAACCGAAAGGCAAGCACUUGCACCAACGACCGCCAACGAUACCAACGUCACUCCGCUUUUCAAACUCGGUCGUGAGUUGUGCUUUUGCUCUUCUAUUCGCGCUCCCCUGCGUAGCGUCUCCGUAUACACUCAUCCCCGUACCAUCCUCGCAGCCACUCCCGGCGCCUGCUUCCGCCGUUCGGCUGCUGUAUGGUUGCCGACGCCCACGUGCGGUGCGCUCACUCAGGGACAGCGUAGCGGUCUCCCUUUUGUCACACUCUUUUAA